UUUUCUCAGAUGGGGCGGAUUUCGUAGUGCCUCGGUUGACAUUGUUGUUGUUGUGGGAGUCGGAAUGUAGUUUAUAGCAAAGCGUCCAAGUCAAGUCCAAGUGCUGGGUUUGGAUUAACGCGGAGGAGAAACACCGAGUUUGGGUCCGGACUGAGUAACAAAUUUGCUGGGAGAGAGAACUGGGAUGGCUCCGUGAGGAGGAGAUUUCUUCUGCGAGGCCGAGCUGAAGGCCAACACCCGAGUUUACUCAUCCUCCUCAUUCCACCCACAGGACCGAUGCUGAGUCCAAACCAGGUGUUGUAGCUGUAGUGGUGUUGAUCGCGGGCUGUAGGAGAGUCGCUCUCCUGGUCAUUUCCGCUGCCCCGAUGUCCCCCUGCAGCGCCGUCGCUUCAUGAUCACAUGACCCUGGAUAUGGACGCAGUCCUGUCCGACUUUGUCCGCUCUACAGGAGCCGAACCCGGACUGGCCAGAGACCUGCUGGAGGGCAAGAACUGGGACCUGACGGCCGCCCUGAGCGAUUUUGAGCAGCUGAGGCAGGUGCAUGCUGGGAGUCUGUCCUACUCAUUUGCAGAGGAGAGGGAACAGGCGCUGACGGAGCACAAGGACAUGACCAGAGUGGGACGGCCGCUGCUGCACCGGCAGGACGACGUGGUGCAAGCCACAGAGAAGCGUCUGUCACGAGGGAUCUCUCACGCCAGUUCCACCAUCGUGUCUCUGGCUCGCUCUCACGUGUCCAGCGUAGGAGGUGGUGGCGUUGGCACCGAGAUGCUCCUGGACACCCCAGUCUGCACCUUCCAGCUGCCUGACCUCACCGUGUACCGAGACGAUUUCCGCGGCUUCAUCGAGCGCGACCUCAUCGAGCAGUCCAUGAUGGUGGCCCUCGAGCAUGCAGGUCGGCUCAACUGGUGGACGAAGCUGGGUUCAGGAUGCCAGAGUCUGUUGCCCUUGGCUACCAGUGGGGAUGGAAACUGCCUCCUUCAUGCUGCCUCUCUGGGCAUGUGGGGUUUCCACGAUCGAGACCUGAUGCUGCGGAAGUCUCUGUACGCCCUGAUGGACCACGGCCAGGAGAGAGAGGCGCUGAAGCGCAGGUGGAGGUGGCAGCAGACCAUGCAGAACAAAGAGUCAGGGCUGGUGUACACUGAGGAGGAAUGGCAGAAGGAGUGGAAUGAACUGUUGAAGUUGGCCUCAAGUGAACCCAGGAUACACUACAGCACCAACACCACCAACGGCGCCGAGUCGCAAGAGGAACCUGUUUAUGAGAGCCUGGAGGAGUUCCACGUGUUUGUUCUGGCUCAUGUGCUCCGUAGGCCAAUCGUCGUGGUGGCCGAUACCAUGCUGAGAGACUCGGGAGGAGAAGCUUUUGCCCCGAUCCCGUUUGGUGGGAUUUAUCUACCCCUGGAGGUCCAGGCUCACAAGUGUCACCGCUCACCACUGGUCCUGGCCUACGACCAGGCGCAUUUCUCCGCUCUGGUUUCCAUGGAGCAGAAGGACGGUUCCAAAGAGCAAGUGGUGAUUCCUCUGACCGACUCGGAUUAUAAGAUGCUUCCUGUGCACUUUGCUGUGGAUCCGGGAAAGGACUGGGAGUGGGGCAAAGACGACGUGGACAACGUGAUGCUCGCCAGUGUUACUUUAUCUCUGGAGGCGAAGCUCCACCUACUGCACACCUACAUGAACGUAACGUGGCUUCCUCUGCCGUGUGAGGUACAGCAAGCACCUCUGGCCCAGCCUGAGUCUCCGACUGCCUCAGCCGGAGAGGACGCCCGCACGCCCCCUGACUCUGGGGAGUCCGAUAAAGAGUCUGUGAGCAGCAGCUCCAACGGAAAUGGGGACAGCAGCGCAACAGGCAGCAGCAGCGGAACGGCAGGUAAAUCCUCCAGCUCCUCGAGUUCGUCCAGCAGCGGCUCAACCGGAACAAUGGGCAAGGAGAAGAACAAGAAGGACAAAGAAAAGGACAAAGAUAAAGAUAAAAAGAGGGCAGACUCUGUGGCUAACAAGCUGGGCAGCUUCGGCAAGAGUUUGGGCAGCAAGCUGAAGAAGAACGUCGGUGGAUUGAUGACCGGUAAAGCCGGGGCAGGUGGCUCAGGCAAACCUGAAGGCAUGGAGAAGAAAAAGGGGUCCCUACGCGGACGCAAAGACAGCAAGGACGGCAAAGACGGCUCUCCUUCCACCAAUCCCGGCUCGGAGGAUUCGGGGAAAGGCUCUCCGUCCUCGCAGAACGGAAACAGCUCUUCCGAAGGCGACUCGUACAAGUACAGUGCCGACGUAAAGGCGAGCCUGAGCAUCCUGCGUGCAGCCAUGCAGGGAGAAAGACGCUACAUUUUCGCCGGCCUUCUGACCACCAGCGACAGGCAGCCGUACCAGGAAGAGAUGAUUCAGCGAUAUCUGGUGGACGCUGAGGAGCGUUUCCGUGCAGAGCAGGAGCAGAAAAGGGAGGCUGAGCGCAAAGGGGUGAUGAAUGGAGCCCAAGCCAAGAAGGAGCCGUCGGAGUCUGGCUUCCGGGGCUUUGACGGAAAAGAGGAUGUGAACGAAGCGCCGCAUCCUCACUAUAACACCAUCAAAUCGCCCUCUUUUACCCCAUCACUGUAUACGGGAGUUGUGCCCAUUCCUAGAUCUAACUUCCUUGAACACUCCCCCUCACCACUUCCCCAGCACCUCCACAUUCCCGGCUACAUGGACACCCGGCGGCAGCUAGCCGGUGGCUCACCGUCCACCUACCCAGGCCUGCCGUCUUACGCCACCCUACCCCGCCACUGCCCCUUGAGCCAAGGCCCCGUCCAUGCUCACACUCAUUACCAUCCAACGGCCCCUAGCUGUGCAGCCCCUUGCUUCUCGUCCUCUUACACACAUCAGCAGGAUAUACCCGAGUUCCACACAGAGUCGGUCAGCGGCGCCUACGCCAACGGCUUGCUAUCGGGACUGGACAGCCGAGGAGGGCCGCCACCGGUCAGGCACUAUUCUCUGGGCAGCGCCGGCGGAUUGGCGAACCUGCAGUCGACCCGGUGCCGAACACCGAGCUGCAACUAUUACGGACACCCAGAAACCUGCAACUACUGCUCGUACUGCUACAGGGAGGAGCUGAAGAGACGAGAAACUGACACGGCCAUGCACAGGUUCUGAGGUGGCACCAUGUUCGACCGGUACCUUGUAGUGCCGUCUUCUCCACGCGAGACUCGGCAGGUCUCAAGCAGGAUCUGGCUACAGGAUUUCGACGGGCCUUCCCGUGCCGUCGUGAAGGGACUACGCUUAGUCGACACUGAGGGGACGGGCACAAAGUCAGGAGUCCGUACCUCUGUUGCUUUUGCAGUGGAUUUUAGGCGGUAGAUUUGUCGUCGGCGCCGUCGUGCGCCGUUCUUUCUUGCUCUGUCGCCGUCGCGGUGCUUCGCGAUCGUGACGAGCAUCCGGGCAGUUUUUCUUUUUUUUGUCCUGAGUGGCACAAACUUGUGCAUAAAAGACAUUACAUGCAAAAUAUAUGACAUGAAGCACAACCAGAAGAUGCACAUUUGUACAGCUUCACAGUUACAAGACUCUUGGAGGAAUGUUGGCACGGGACGAAGAAGGUUUCACUUUUCACCCAUUUUGCCAUAUGAUUGUAGAGAUUUUUUUUUUUUUGUCUUUUUCACCCAAUGUUUUAGCUCUGCCCCAAAGCCAUGUCCUAACAGGAUUCUUCUGACCGUUUUGCUCGUCUGGUAUCUCCAAAACUUUGCCAGCCAAAGGUCUGAUUGUAUAGUGACUUGAAGGUGAAGGUGAGGAGUGAAUCUAGCAGGUACAGGAAGCCGUGUCCACGUUAGCGAGACGCUUGUUAAGAUGGCGUAAUAAUUUAUCUCAAUUAAUGACACUAGUCUCAGAAAAUGUUCAUCCUGCUGUAAUCAUCUGCUGAAGUCUUUAGAUAUUGUAACCCUCAACUCUAAGGUUGGAGGAAUCUUUUUUGAAAUCCUCUGAAGCUAAAUCCCACCUGUAGGGUGAAUAGAAAUAGCAAGACGUACUGUUUUUGUUUUGUUUAUCCCCCCACGAAUAAUAAAAGGUGCGUCUGUGGACUUUUUCCUCUGCACAAAGUCAAGCACUUUUCUAAUAUCCUGACAUUGCGUGUUUUUCUUUGGUGUGAUGAUGACGAUGAUGAAGACUGUUCAGUUCACCAUCAGACGGCUCCGUGGAGCUCUUAAGUUUUGGCUCAAAGUUUCCUAGUUGCCUUUUCAGUCCAGCUCCCGGUCCUUGUAGAGAUUAUUCGGAUUAACGUAAAGGGUCAAUUUCUCAAAGCACUGCUGUUGUGUGUCCAUGACGACAAACCACAGCAUCGGCAUCUCCUGGAAUACGUGAUUUGUGUUUAUAUGGGUCCUUAUUUCAAACCACGUAUAUUUAAGAUGUCUGAAUCCUCGCUAAUAAACCCUAAUAAUAAAAAAGAUCAGUAAAUUAAUUAAAAAUAAAAGUCACACGAUUCUCUGUACACUGAAUACUGCUGUUACUGCAAAACUUAAACAAAUGUCUGUCAUUUAUUUGAAAAUGUUCUUGGUUCAUCCGCUGAGGUCAUUCUCGCCAGAGGCGGAGAAAUCGGUCGGCGUAUAUGAUGGACAGACACGAGAGUUAUUAGGAAGGAGUGUACAGACUGUAGGAUGGGUUCUGUGGGUUCUUGGUGUGAUGUCCAGUGUGUAAUGUAGUACGUCGUACUGCAUUGGCGCUCAACAAUAAUUCAGUGUAAACACGCGUAUUGGUCUCUCUGAACUAUGCCCUAGUGCUGAACGGUGCUGCUGAGAUUCUUGGCCUUGCAAAAGCUCCAGAUCCUGAUGAUGUUCUCCUGCAGCUCUGCUACAUGCAAUAAUUCACAGUUUAGUGUAAAAGCUGCAUCAGUACCGCCCUCGUGACCCGAUAACCUGUCAGCCGGUGUGUGUUACUGCACUGGGAGCGGUUCUGAUGAGGUACUGAAAAGGCUGUUUAUUUCCUUUACUGUAAUUCACUGACAUGUCCAGUGGAUGGCGCUGUUGUGUAGUGCUUCAGUGUUUCGUUUGCUCUUUAAACGGCCGAGCAAUGAACAACCAUGUGGCUGAAUUAUUAAGAACCGAGGAUGGAUUUGAAGCAUGAAAAGUGCCGCAGGGCUUCGGGUUACUGAACCGCUCCGAGUGUAGGGAUGCACCAGGUCCAGCUGAAAGAAAAAACGCCCUGAUGACCAGCUGCAGGACUUUCCAUUCAAACUCCAUUCAUUCAAGCCCAGUUUCUGUAGGAGUCUCAUGAUAUUUUAACUUCUCAGCAACUGCUUCCAGAAAUAACAUUUAUUAAGGGUUCUUUAAAGGUUCUUUAAAGGAUCUUUAAGGGUUCUUUGGGGGUUCUUAAAUGGCUUGUUAAGGAUUCUUUAUAGGUUCUUUGGGGGUUCUUUAAGGAUUCUUUAAGGGGGUCCUUUAAAGGGUUCUUUAUAGGGUUCUUUGAGGGUUCUAUAAGGAUUCUUUUAGGGGUCCUUUAAAGUGUCUUAAAGUGUUCUUUUUAAGGUUCUUUAAGGGUUCUUUAAGGGCUCUUAGGAUUCUUUAAAGGUUCUUUGGGGGUUCUUUGUAGGGAAGUUUUGUGGGUGUGGCUAAAUGUAAAACAUCAGUGUGACUUUAAAUAUCUAAGAUACACCUGUGAUUAGAGCUUCAGGAUCAGAUUUGGUGCAUCCCUACACUGUGUGUGUGUGUGUGUGUGUGUGUGUGUGUGUGUGUGUGUGUGUGUGUGUGUGAUAGAGUGAUGGUAUAAAUUCCUCUUAAAAGUAUUAUAGUGCCCACACUAAAACCAACCCAGCCGAACGUUUGUUUUUUUUUCCUCAGUCACUUCUUUCUUCUAGCUAAUGUUCAAAACACCACACACACACACACACACACACACACACACACACAAUCAGCAACCCCAGCAACAAAAAGACAGCAGUUGUAGAGCUAGGUUUGAGUUAUUUUUGUAAACCGAGAGCAGUUGUGCAGUGUUUUUAAAACGAUGAGAAUGUACAGGGUUUACAAGGAAAGCCAAGGGAUGAAGCAGUCAGUAUUCGUGUGUGUGUGUGUGUGUGUGUGUGUGUGUGUGUGUGUGUGUGUGUGUGUGAGAGAGAGAGAUUUCAGGCUGACCACCAGGAGCCUCUGGGCUCUCGUGCAAACACUAAGUUCUUCUAAAAGACCUAAAAUGCUAUGAUUUUGAAUAUAUAUAUAUUUAUAAUAAGAUUUUGUUCUUUCCUCCUUCCUGAACUCAGACGUUGGCUCACGGCUCGGCGUCUCUGACCUUUUCCUUUCCACUCGUUCUGUCGUCAUGUAACAGACUCGACUAUUUUUAUACUGUAUAUUUUGCCGUGCCGGACGGAGUGCUGGUCAGCAGCGUGGGCCGCUGUGCAUGAGACUGAACCUGCUGCAUGUACAGAUGCAAUUUAUUCCGUUUUUUUUUUUUUUCCUGUAAACUCGGGUUCUGUUUUGGUUCUGAAGCGGACGCAGGCGGUGUGACGAUGCAAUCUAGAUGGUUUUUAUCUUUUGUUUUGUUGUUUUUUGUUUUUUUUUUGUUUUCCUUUUGC